AUGCUUCACCUUAUCCUGAAAUCUUACGCAAACGCGUGCUGGUUGAAUUAUGAACAAGACACGCUCUCUUGUGAGUUGGAUGGUUCGGACAUUCCUGAAGGGCAACGAAUGAGCAUCCAGGCGGCAGUCAAAGGAAUUUUGCGUGUGUUGGUGCAGAACAUCGACCAAAUAGCGUCUAGUGCUGGUCAAUCCGCCGCUCCUACUGUCAAGGGGAUAGGACUACGACCCGUGCACAACCGUGGAGUACUUUUUCGGCUAUUUCUCGUUGCCAUCUCGUCUUUAUAUUUUGGAGGCUACAUUGCCCAUAAAGGUGCGUCUUACCUAGAGGAGAACGAAAUCUUUGUUCCCGCUGACGACGACGACGAUGAUGAUUGAUAACCGAUACUCACAGCGAGAUAUCGUGAGCAAUCACUCUGGAAGUGAGCUUAUCAAUCAGACUGUAAGCGGGUAAAUUUGCAUGAUUAGUCUUGUCAUUUAUUUCAUCUUGCCUAGCUAGAAUUAUAUGGAGUAUAGAAACAUGUGUCUUAAGGAUUACGGAGGCAUAAUAACCGGUGCACUCAUGAUUUCAAUAAAGGUAUCUCAUCUGCU